CUUUCCCGUUCACCACACCAUAGACAGUCCUCGACGUACAUCAGCAAUGGCUCAAGCGCUAGCAACACCCGUCGCACCUUCACUCUCUCUUAUCUGCACAACCUCAUCUUCCUUCAAAUCCAAAUCCGCUUCAAACUCUCUAUCAUUCUCAACUUUCAAUCCUCCAAAGGUUGGUGGGUUGAGCAUAAGAUGCGCUCGUGUUGGAGGAGUUGAGAUACCGAACAACAAGAGAGUUCAGUAUUCGCUACAGUACAUUCAUGGAAUUGGGCGUACCAGAGCUCUUGAGAUCCUCAACGACCUCAAAAUGGACAACAAAAUCACAAAAGAUUUAUCGGAAGAAGAGCUGAUUAUUCUUCGUGAUGAAGUUUCUAAGUACAUGAUUGAAGGAGACCUCAGGCGAUUCAAUGCGCUUGCAAUUAGGAGAUUGAAAGAAAUUCAGUGCUACAGAGGUGUACGCCACAUUCAGGGACUCCCUUGUAGAGGACAGCGAACGAAGAACAAUUGCAGGACUUUGAAGGGCAAAAAGAUUGCAAUUGCUGGCAAAAAGAAGGCCCCUCGUUAGACUCAAAUCUCUGGUUUGUGACUUUGUUCAUUGUUCAUGUUACAUCGAGAUUAUUGUUUAAUGUUAGAUUAAUUAACCUUGUUUUUUGUACUACAUUUUGGGUUCGAUGAUUAAGUUCAGAAUUGCAAUGAAACAAAGUUUUACUACAUUGAAACAAAAUUACAACUUUAAUGCUUAA